AGCAUUAAAUCGAACGAAAUCAAGCUUAUUUGAUGUGAGAAUCGACGAGUGAGGAAGUUUAUGCCUAGAAAUUGGAAUAUCGAUGCCAAAUACUCAUUUUUCUGUUUUGCCGAUUGAAUCAUAAUGAUCAACAAAAAUGAACAAACUGAAAGCACCUCAGGAGCAGCAGAACAAAAAGAGGACGAUGAAGAACAAUAUGUACAACUUAGUAGUCUCGGAGAAUAUAAGGACGAAGUUACUCCUCUUUUAAGCCCGAAACAUGUUCCAUUGGUUUUGGGAAAAGUGACCAAAGAAGCAGCAAUUGCAACACAUUCAGCUUUGCAUGGUGGAAUGUCGGAGGAAAAAGAGCGACAAAUUCGGGACAUUUACGACCGUCUCGAUAUUGAUAAUGAUGGAACAAUAGACAUUCGAGAUUUGACUCUUGCCCUCAAACAUGAGACACCUCACAUUCCUGCAAAUCUCGCACCUGUUAUCAUGUCGAAAAUGAGUCCAGAUGAUGAGGGACGCGUCGACUUUUACAGUUUUUCAAGUUACGUUCUGGAAAACGAGCAGAAACUUGCCGAGAUGUUUGCCGAUAUGGAUCGUAAUCAUGAUGGACUAGUCGAUGUUGUAGAGAUGAAAAACUAUUGUAAAGAUAUUGGAGUGCCAUUAGACGAUCAUAAAGCACAACAUAUAGUCAAUAAAAUGGAUCAAACCGGCUCAGCAUCUGUUGAUUUAAAAGAAUUUCAAGAAUUUAUGAUGCUCUAUCCAUCAUCGGAUCUGAAAGAUAUUGUCGAUUUUUGGAGGCACAACUUGAUUAUUGAUAUUGGAGAAGACAGUCAAAUUCCAGAAGAUUUCAGUCAACAAGAAAUGCAGGAAGGCAUUUGGUGGAGACAUUUAGUAGCUGGUGGAGCUGCUGGGGCUGUUUCCAGAACAUGUACUGCUCCAUUUGAUCGCAUCAAAGUUUAUCUACAAGUCAACUCUUCGAAAACAAAUAGGCUUGGUGUUAUGUCAUGUCUGAAGCUGUUACACGCCGAAGGAGGAAUCAAGUCAUUUUGGAGAGGAAAUGGUAUUAAUGUGAUCAAAAUUGCUCCAGAGAGCGCAAUCAAGUUCAUGUGCUACGACCAGUUGAAGCGAUUGAUCCAAAAAAAGAAAGGAAAUGAAGAAAUCAGCACUUUCGAAAGGCUUUGUGCCGGAUCAGCAGCUGGAGCAAUAUCUCAAUCAACCAUUUAUCCCAUGGAAGUCAUGAAAACUCGUUUGGCUUUGCGGAAAACUGGCCAACUGGAUCGAGGAAUCAUACAUUUCGCGCACAAAAUGUACACCAAGGAAGGUAUACGAUGCUUUUACAAAGGAUACUUGCCAAAUCUAAUUGGUAUUAUUCCUUAUGCUGGAAUCGAUUUAGCAAUUUACGAAACAUUAAAACGAACAUACGUAAGAUAUUACGAGACAAACUCCUCAGAACCCGGCGUUUUAGCUCUCCUUGCUUGUGGAACGUGUAGCUCAACAUGUGGACAACUUUCUAGCUACCCAUUUGCACUAGUUCGAACAAGGCUGCAAGCUUUAUCUAUCACACGUUAUUCCCCACAGCCUGAUACGAUGUUUGGACAGUUCAAAUAUAUACUACAGAACGAAGGAGUCACUGGAUUCUAUAGAGGCAUUACACCUAAUUUUUUAAAGGUUAUUCCGGCAGUCAGCAUCAGUUAUGUUGUUUACGAAAAAGUGCGGACGGGUCUCGGCGUGAAAAUGUGUUAAAAUCGGAUAAAGAAAGGUUCCCGUAUGCUCACGAGGAGGCCUCGAGGAUAUUCAUCAGUUCUUGCCAUGUUCGAUUCAUUCCAUAAUACAAUUCUUUUUUUUUCCACGAACUUUCUUGUUGACAAUAUCAGGACGAUCUUUACGGGUUAAGCCUGUAUGGCGAUCGCAUUUUUCAAAGUUCAAUAAAUAAUAAUUCAGUU